AUCCCAUGUCCUAGGGGACAUGGGGGAAGUGAGCCUGGAUAGGGCAGAGUGUGUGUGGGGGAAGGGGGACCGCAGCAGGCACGAGGGCUCGUCCUGGCACGAUGAGGGAGGAACGCGUGGCUGGGCAGGUCCGGGAUGUGGCAAGAGGCAGGAGCUGGGAGCAUGCAUGGAGGAUGGGUGAGGGGUUGAGCAGGGGCCCGAGAAAGGUGGUGGGUUUCCCAGCCUUAGGAAACCAACUCUUCUGCCUUGUUUCCUGGUUAGAGUCAGGCCGGAGGGCUGGGGUGAGCUCCCCAGGGGAAUGGGACACCUCCUGGGACAGAGGGUGGCCCUGGCAAAUUGGGGAGACAGUACGGUGCCAGAUAGGUGUUCUUCACAUCAUUUUUUAGAAAUGCCUUCUGUGGGGAGGAGUCCCGUGCUCAUUUUGCCCUAGUCCCCACCAUUCCUUCCUGCCUGUUCUCACAUGUUUAUGAAUCUAAUUGGCCAUGAUAGACAUCAGAAUUUAUUUGUGACCCUGCCUUACAGACUCUAGAAAUACCUUUUUGGGGGGUCACCAUUAUUCUCUGAGCCCAAGGGGGCUUCCAAGGUUGGGGGCGGGGGCAAGCUAUUUCUCUUCUCCCCAGCCAGGCCCUCAGCAUCCUGAGGAAGAAACCUGGGUCUGAUCCGCUAAGCCUCCCCGGGUAUCUGCUCCAGGGGUCCCUCCAGAAUGGAAAUGCUCCCUGAAGGGGGAGAUUGGACCACAAAGAGUAAACCCCUGACACACAACACCUUCCCAGAAGCUCCUCCUUAGGCUGUCCCCCAAGAACUGAGUCACUGCAACCUCCCCGCUCCCCUAUCUCCCCAGCCUCACAGGUAUCUGUGGUCAGCAAUGGAGGCUUGCUAGUGGUGGUCAGGAGGUCUGACCCCGUGGGACUCUGGGCAACCUGUGCCCUUCGAAGCCCCACUUGGCCCCAGUAGCAAUGGGCAGGUUGGAGGAGGCUACGUCUGAGGUGCCCACAGAACUCCAGUUCUGCUUUAUUACGGUCUAAAGUCCAAGCAGGGCCCCAGCCCCUCUUCCUGGAGCCUCCUUCUCAGCCAAGCCCCAGACUGCCUCCUCCCCCCUGCCCCCAAAAUCCCUUGAUCACUGGGCCACAGGGGCCAGCCUCCAUCUGCUUGCCUAGUGUCAAGCCACCUCCCCAAACCCAGGCUCCAGUAUAUAAAUCAGGCAAAUUCCCCGUUGAGCAUGAACCUCUGAAAACUGCCGGCAUCUAAGGUCUCCUCCAAGGCCCUCUGGAGUCCAGCCCAUAAUGAAGGUCUUGGCGGCAGGUAAAUCCACCCGCCCCGCGCCGGCUUCCGCGCCCCACGGAGGGUGCUGCGGCGACUUGGGGCACUUGGCGAUCGCGAGCGGGACACCCACUCGCCGAAGACACACGGACACUUGGGGCACCGGUGCAGCCGGCCCGGGCCGCUGGAGGCGCUGGGUGGCGGCCGGGAGCGAGCGCAGGCACAUGGUCCCGGCACCGCGCGCUCAGCCCGUCCGGGGGCCGGCAGGAGUUGUGCCCCUGCUGCUGGUUCUGCACUGGAAACACGGAGCAGGGACCCCCCUUCCCAUCACCCCAGUCAACGCCACCUGUGCCACCCGCCACCCAUGUCACAGCAACCUCAUGAACCAGAUCAGGAACCAACUGGCGCAGCUCAAUGGCAGUGCCAAUGCUCUCUUUAUUCUCUAUUACACGGCCCAGGGGGAGCCGUUCCCCAACAACCUGGACAAGCUGUGUGGCCCCAAUGUGACAGACUUCCCGCCAUUCCACGCCAACGGCACAGAGAAGACGCGGCUCGUGGAGCUCUACCGUAUCAUCGCGUACCUUGGUGCUUCCCUGGGCAACAUCACCCGGGACCAGAAGGUCCUCAAUCCCAACGCCCUCAGCCUCCACAGCAAGCUGAACGCCACGGCGGACAUCCUGCGGGGCCUCCUCAGCAAUGUGCUCUGCCGCCUGUGUAACAAGUACCAUGUGGCCCACGUGGACGUGGCCUAUGGCCCUGACACCUCGGGCAAAGACGUCUUUCAGAAGAAGAAGUUGGGCUGUCAGCUCCUGGGGAAGUAUAAGCAGGUCAUUGCCGUGGUGGCCCAGGCCUUCUAGAUGGGAGGUCUUGAAGCCUGCAGGGAACACCCUGAGAUCCUAGGCUCAGGCGGCUCUCAGACUGUGGCCAUGGCCCAGAGCAUCGCCAGGCCAAAUUGGGGAUGCCGGCAGACCCCCGAGGGUUCCUGGCCAGUCCACUCCCCUUAGGGUGGGCUGUGAUAAAGCCAAGCAGUGCCAUUUAGGAGAAGGUCCCUUCCUGUGGGAGACUGCAGCCAGACACCAGGGUGUUGGGCUGGUGAGGGGAUUGUGGGCUGGACCUCUGUCCCCACUUGGCCCACUUGGCUAGGGGCUUUGUGAGAAAACUGCACAAGUUGUCCAUGGUGACUCUGAUUGUGGGGCCCGAUGACAGGGGUCAGCCCCACAGAAUUACCACCAUCGGUGCCUUUGCUGCCCCUUCCGGAGUCUUUGGAAGGUUUGACCGAGCUCAGACAGGCCAGAGGAGCUAGGAUCCAGAGGACUCCUUGGGCCCCUAUAAGUAUAGUGAGUGGAAGAGAGAAAGGGGAGCUCUGGUUUAAGAUAUUCCUUUUCUUGAGCAUGAUCGGAGAGCUCAGGCUUAGAGACUGGACUGUGAAACAGAAAGUUCCAGAAAGAGCUCACUGGGAUUCAGGCCUUUAGGGAGGCUGAGAGGCUACCUUCAGGCUUGGGAAGGUAGAGAGGUCCUGAGAGCCUUGGCAGGCUCUCCUUCCCUGCAGUCUUUCCUGAAGCCUGGGAUAGCCAGGAUCUGGUGGUUGGACCUGGAGGUGGGGUUUGGGGAGGUGGGGAGGUGGCAAAGUUAGGUGAAGAGGUUCCGAGGGCACCCAGAGUCUUCUUUCUGGGCCGGGGUCUAUAAGGGAUGGGAAGGGAUGGGAAGAACUGGGUAGUUCAGGGUGGCAGCUCACAUCCGGGACCCCUGGAGGUCCCGUGAGGUCACACAAAGGUACUUGAUGGGGACUAGAGGCCAUCUCUGGUUCCUAGAACAAGGGGACAGCAGAACCUGAGGUCAGGGUCUUAGUAAGCCUGAGAGCCAAGAGUGCUGUGUGUCUGACCCAGCACGAUUGUCUAUUUAUUAUGAUGCCCUAUUUAUAUUAACUUAUUGGUGCUUUAAAUGGCAAAGUAAGUUUCCCUUUCCCUGCUUCCUACUCAACAGAAAUAAUACGAUGUCUCAUAGAAGAGCCAGGGCCCAGCCUUCACAGGGACUGGUCCUGAAGUCAAAGAUGUUACAAGUAGAA